AAUGUGAGGCUGCGAGUGUGAGGUUGCAUUCCCCACUUUGAAGCAGAUGGCGGGAACACUUAAAACCCUAACGAAUCUCAUUUCUCCAGUAACCGUAACCGCUCAUCUCCGAUCGCGGAACUCACAGUCCAAUAAUCGGUCAUUCGAUGCUAUUAAUAACUCGUUGAUAUCUCGAAAGGUCCGUUCAGUUAGAAGAACACUCAUCAUCAGAAACCACGCAAAUUCCGAUCAGGUUGAGGGAAAUGGAGGUCCGAUUCCAAAUGAAUCUCCACGAAAGUCUGGUUUCUUGAGCUUUCCGGUCCUAGCAGAACCUUUACUGAGUUUCGCUUCUAGCAAUAUUCUUCCAUUGGCUCUUAUUGGAGGAGUAGCAUUGGGCCUUGCAAAUCCUGGUCCUGGUUGUCUCGCCCAUAGAUAUCAAUUAUCUAUAGUUAGCACUUUUGGGAUAUUUUUCAUAUCAGGAUUGAGAUUGCGUAGUGAAGAUAUUGGUGCAGCUGCUGAAGCAUGGCCAGUUGGACUCUUUGGGCUAGCUUCAAUUUUAUUGUUUACUCCUCUCCUUUCCAAAAUAAUCCUGCAACUUCACUUCCAACCUCAAGAAUUUGUUACAGGACUAGCUCUUUUUAGCUGUAUGCCUACAACAUUAUCAAGUGGAGUUGCUCUAACCCGGCUUGCUGGAGGAAAUUGUGCAUUGGCUCUUGCUAUGACUGUAGCAUCCAGUUUGUUGGCAAUUAUGAUGGUGCCUUUUUCUAUAUCAAAACUAAUAGCUUCUGGACUUGGGGCAUCUGUUCCAACUGAGCAAUUGUUCAGAAGACUUAUAGUCACACUUUUGAUACCCUUGAUUUUGGGGAAGGCUUUUCGGGAAUCCUUUAAAGGCCUGGCAGAAUUUGUUGAUAAUAACAAUCAGCUCUUAUCUGUACUAAGUGUAAUAUUACUUAGUUUGGUCCCUUGGAUACAAGUGAGCAGAUCAAGGCCUCUACUUGUGAUGGUUAAGCCUGAAGCUUUUCUUGUAGCUGUCAUGAUGGGAGCGUUGCUGCACCUGAUACUAUUAGGUUUCAAUGCCACAUCAAUUCGUUGCCUAUGUGCUGUAUCUGGUGGUAGCAAAUCAAUCUUUGCAAAAAAGAAAAAUGCUACUGCCCUCUUACUUAUCACAAGUCAGAAAGCUUUGCCAGUGCUGGUUGCGGUGGUGGAUCAACUUGGUGGAACAUUUGGUGAACCAGGAUUACUAAUCAUCCCCUGUGUCGCAGCACAUUUAAACCAGAUCAUCAUAGACUCUUUUCUCAUAACCUUUUGGAACAAAAAAGAUCAGUCGCUUGCCAAUACCUAGCUGUAAACAAGACCAGUAACCAAGAUCAUUUUCAGUGGGUAUCCUAUGCUGUUCUUUCUACUAGUAAAUAUAUAUAGCUGGAAGGAAGGAAACACAUGAAAUACAUACUUGUGCAUCUGUGCAUGCAUAUAUAUCUUUGAGUUUAUUAUUAAAUCCCUU